CAAAUUAUAUCCUCCCUCUCUAUCUCGAUAGAUCAUUGCUCGACGGAGAAGACGGGGCUUCUUCUUCGAUCACAAGUUAUACAGCGUCUUUUAAGAUUCUGAGAUCGAGCUCUUAGUAGACGGGUUGUGGAUUUAACAGCAUACUCGAUCUUAAGUACCACGUGAUUCCCCGAUGAUGUCGCCGAAGCAAAUCUCCGACGAUCGAGGAUCUUCACAUUUCCGGCAUACCCCUUUCCAGAUAAUCCAUGUCAUUGGGAACUUUUUUAGGAUAUGGUCAGUCUAUUCUAUGUACCGCUACUUGAAUCAGACUGGAGCGCCUGUUGUUCUCUUUCUCUUCUGCUGUCUGGUGCCCUCAUCCUUCAUCUUCUUGAUCCUUCAGAAACCGUGGAAAGGAAGGCCACUUUCCAAUCAGCAGAUUGUACCUUCUCUUAUCAAUGGAGUCAUCACAGCUCUAUACUUCAUCUUGUGGGGAAAGGGUCUUAAGUCUUGUGGACCGCUUAGAGCGAUCUUGUCAGAGUACUCUGGUGCUGUUCUUGGAGUGCUUUCUGGAGUACUAUAUGGGCGGAGAGGCCAAGUGUGGAAAAAGGUAGGUGGCCUUGUUGCAAUGCUGGUUGCUCUUUUUUUCUUGUCUCAAGGAUGGGCGACAUCAUCUCUCUCCCCAUUUUCAUCGAAAGAUAGUAACGACACCAAAGAGGAAGAAUUGGUAACAGAGCAAGCACUAGGACUGAUGGGAAUGAUGAUACCCGUUGUUGCUGGAAUCUUAUCAGCAUUAAGGCGAGUCAUUGCAAGGCGUGUUUCUCUUAAGAACCAGCAAAAGAAACGACUACAUGCGAUAACCAUUACUUCUGCAACCUGUUUUCUGUUUCCUUUGGCCAUGUGGGACCUUGUCACAGGAUCGUCUUCUGGCAAAGCUGUGGAGUUGCCAUUUUCUGCGUGGGCUUUCCUUGCCACCAUUGUUUUCGGGAUCAUUUUAAUAUUCUAUGUUGACAAUAUCGCAGAAGAGAGAUUGCAUAUGGUGUUUUCUUCCCCGAGGCAUUUAAUGGUAGCAGGAGCAUGCAUAAUCGUCAUGGAGAUUGCUUACGAGAUGGAUUUUUCCCUUCCUGGUUUCAUUGUCUGUUGCUUAGUGUUAGGGUUUGGAAUAUACGAAGCAACAUCUCUAGAACGCAGCAAAAAGGACUCUUCGAUUAAAUCUGAAGAUGGACCAAAUGGAAUCCUUGGUAACGACUUUGAUACUUCUCCAGUUCUUCCCAUAUAGAUUAGUGCCGAUGCACCAUACUAACGAGGUUACUUUUGAAAUGUUCUUGUCCUUGACGAUGUAAAUCUUUGUCUGUUUUUUUUUACUCUCAGUUCUUGUACCUUUUUCAUUUUAUCUUUGUUUAGCGUAUACAAUUUUGUUUGGUUUGGAGUAUAGACAGAGAUACACCUGGAUAAUUAACAUUCUGCUU